CAGGACGGCCUCGCCUCUUUGGGCUCAACGAGAUCGCCGCAAACACAACAUUCAGACACAACAAUCACAUUUGCCACCACCCAUCAACAAGCCUUCCUUUCUUCAUCUUUGUCCCGCAGCGCCAGGUUUUGGUCGACUGGCAUCUCAAACAUGCCCAAGACUCGACCAUAUACACGAGAAGAGCUCCAAGGCCUUCGACGAGCAGAUCUUCAACGCCUGUGCAAGACGUAUGAUAUCAAAGGGGCCAACGCGAAGACUGCCGUUCUUGUCGAGGAGCUCGCAAACUACUUCAUCAGUCCCGCUUACCUCAACUCUCCACGGCCUCGAUCUCGAGCCCCAACACGAAUCAACAUUCACCCAAGGCCACUGCACUCUCUCCCUGGCCGGAUCCCCAAACUUGCGAGAUCUGCUGCUCCUUCUUCGCCGCCACCUUCAAGACCUGUCGCUCUCCAGCGAUCUGAAGUCGAUGGACAGCUUCCAGCGCACCUUCCCCAGCCUCCUUCGGCCUCUGCACAAUCCGCCGCACCGACACAUCUCGCACGGCCAAUUGCACAAGCCUCGGCUGGUGUUUUGCCCAGCAAAGGAACCCCAGCAACGUCUUCUACAGCCGCAGAGCUACCCCCGACCACAUCCCCACUGAACAACGAGCCCGAGCUUGCAAUGCUCAGGCAGGAGGUCGCAUCUCUGAGGGACGGGGUUGCCAAGUUGGGACAGCAGGAACAACUCCUCGAGGCGAAGAUUAGUGAGAAGGUAGACGAACUCAUAAAGCGUCACCUCGCAUCACUCGAGCAACGCGAAGCCGCGGUCCGGCAGCGUGAAGUUCAAUUGGAAGAGGCCUGGUCAUCAAUCCGAACCUACAUGAGCGACGUGCUGGCAGGUAGAAGUGCUGCUGUGCCUACCUUCCCCCUGCUUCGCAACGAGACCUCGUUGAAGAGGAAGCCCUCGUCAACACCUGAGCGUGAUACGAAGCGCAACAGAGCGGGCGCUGAGCAAUCACCACGCACGCCGAAUGCUCCCGAUGCCGCGCCUCCCGUCCCUCGGACGCCGUCGCCCAGCCGAGGAUCCGCCGGGAGCUCCAGAACACCGGGCGAGGAUAGCGCGGGGCUGGCUCCCCAGCCUUCUGGUCCUUCACCUAGCCGCGCACUUCCUCGUCGACUGGACUCCGCCGCCAGUCCCAGGAACUGGCAUUCUCGGCUGGAGCCAGGUCGUCGUAAAGUCUCCCAAGCGCAUAUCGAUUUAACUACGAUUACCGAGUCUGAACUUGGCCAGCAAGACCAAGGGUCGCCCAGCUAUGAGUCUCCCGGUAGCUCCUCGCACUUCUUAGGUCCGAUCUUGGUUCACGAUCGGAACACAGUGACCCCGCCCGCUCUUAGCCCAUCGCCUUCGAUCGGAGGGGAACACUUCUCCUACAGCGCGCUCCCCACACGCGGGCGGUCCGCACUCCGUGGCCUCGCCAACACCCGCCCGUUUGUUUCUCCCGGUCGAGAAUACAUGGAUGUCGCGCUCAACGGACUGUCGAACCCCAAUGAUUCUCCAAGCGCACUGGCUACUCCCUCCUCACGGACCAUGCUCGGCACGGAGCGGUAUCGCGAUACGAGGUUUGGAGACGAGCCUGUUGUGCCUUGGGACACGCCCACUGUUGAUUUUGGGCGAGCUACGCCAAGCCUGUAGAAAUGUUGUAUUCAUAAACAUUGGCCGCCUAUGAGCGAGCGACAUACGAGUAACGUACAGUGCAUCAUUCGCCCUCGUCGCCAAGCCACUGAUGAUGUGAUGGUUUGCGGUGGGAUCGACCGUGGGAAGGAUGUAAAAG